UGGAGGAGUCCUUUAGAGACGAGGAAUGUGCUCAUCCGAGCUUGUGGCCGAGUGAGCAUUGCUCUUGUCAGUCAGUCGCUAUGCUCGUUAUGUCCGUGGUGGUGUGGAGGGAGAGGUGGUGCUGGCUCGCAGUCUCGCCUCUUCCCCUUCGUAAGAUUCGCUCGAUUUGCUGCCUAUUUGUUCAUUACGUUGCUGCGGUCAAAAUUCCUUCGUGGUUUGAGUCAUUUGGAGCGGACUAGGGAUGACUUUGCUCAAAUUUGAGUCAGGGUUUGGAGCCGACGCUUUUUGGUGUUGGUGCUUCCUGUUCACCAACGUUUUUGAGUUUUUUUUUUUUUUUUUUUUUUUUUUUUUUCGUUGUUAGUUGUUUUGGAGUUAUUAUGUUGAAGUCCUUGUUUUAGGAUUAAACUUAGGGUUUGAGUUUGGAAAGCAUGAGGGACGGUUUUGGAAGUGAAGCUAAGGCGGCAGGUAGUUGUGUUGAGUUUGGAGCUCGGUGGUUCGAGUCCUUCGUGCUGGAAGUUUAGGGCUCUAGGGAAGGUAUUCGGAAGGAGUGACAGUGCACGAUGCCUUUACCAUCUUCGCACAUACGCAUUCCAGGCAGAACUCCACCGUUUUCGCCAAUUCGUAAUGGCAGUGGUAGAGACCGUGUAGUAGAGCGGGAAAGAGAGCGUGGCUCUCUACAUCCUGGUGACCGAGACAGGGGUUUGCACCUUCGGGACGACAGAGGCCGUGCGCGGGAUGGAGAUCGGAUAAAUGAGAGAGAAAGGAGAGACAGGGACAGAAUUUGUGAACGGGACCGGGAGAGGCAGAGAGAAAGGGGAGACAUAGAUAGAAAUAAUGAGAGAGAGCGGGAGAGGGAGAGGGAGAGAGAAAGAGUUUUGGAUGAAGAGAGGGGAAGAGAGCUGCCUAGGGAUAGGGAGAUUGAGAGGAAAAGAGAGAGGGACAUGGAACGGAGAGUCCGCAUCCGGACGAGAGAGGCUGAUCGAGAGCCAGGAGAAAUUGCAACAUCAAAUCGAAGGGAAGAUGGGGAGUUUGAUUCAAGAGAUUAUCGAGGCCUGCCAGCAAAUCCAGUAAGAUCAGUAGCUACAGAUUCCGGAAGAAAUACCUCUCCUCUAAAGAAACGCAAGUUCAAUCCUAUAGUUUGGGACUUAGAUGACUCAAAGACCGGAACCCAGGCUUCAACAUCACAAGCAUCACUUCAGCCUUCUACUAGGUUUGGCGCUAAUUCUCCUCCUCGUUCAGCACAGCAGCGUUCAUCUGGUAGCUCAUCCCCUUCAACGUCUCACAAACCCUCUCCUGGAAUUCUAGAUGCAAAUGCCACAGUUUCUCCUGGCAUUAAAGUACCUCACAAAUCCUCCUCUGUCGGUCAUACAUCGGGAAGCCUGUCCUCGACACUAAGUCCCUCUGGCCAGGUGAGGGAAGACGUUAGACUAAGAGGAAAGACCACAGUGUCUCCUAGUCUAGUUGGUCGAGUCAUGGAUCCAAAGUCGGGGGAAAAACAGUCGCCAUCUCCUAGUCUUAGCUGCCGAGCAGUGAGAACCAACAGGUUUGAAGAAAAAAUGUCUUUAUCACCUCGUCCUUCCAGUCGAAGCAUCGAUUCCAGCCAGGCUGGCGUUGUAUCAGGGGUUGCCAAUGGAAAGCCUUCAACCCUUCGCCAAGGCGAGGAUUCUCCUUCGUCGUCCUCUGACAAUGAGACGCGUUCUCCGGUUGUGGCACAGAAAUCUAAUGAGAGGGAUACAAACGUGCAGAAUUUGGGAAGGAACACGGGCACGUCAGAUUCGGAAGAUGCUCUUGAACCGGGACAACUUCUGGACAGUCCACUGUUUCCUAGGAAACAAGAAGAUGGAACUCCAGCGCCUGUUACUAUUGCUCGUUCACGUUGGGCGGAAGAUACCAACACUCCAGAGCGCAAACUUUCUCCUUCUUUGCGAGGUCCUAAGACUCGCGCUGAGAGGUCCAGAAGUGUGGAUAGUGAGGAACAGGAUAGAGCUCCGAGUACCUCACCAGAGCCAGGAGAAUUUAGGCAAGAGAAGACAAGUGGUAAUAUUGGAAAAAGUAGCCAAGAUGGAGAAGAGUAUGAAAGAGAGUUGAACAAGAAAGAAUUGCAGGAGCUUGAUGAAGAUGAUGGAAGCGAAGACAGGGAGAUGCAGCAGCCUGAGAUUGAAUCGGAACCAGAAGUAUCUCCAAUCCUAAACGGUGCUCAGACGCGUGCCAUUGAUAUGUUGAAGGGUUGUAGAUCAGUGGAUGAAUUUGAGAAACUGAAUAAAAUUGAUGAGGGGACUUAUGGUGUUGUGUUCCGUGCAAGAGAUAAGAAAACAGGUGAACUUGUGGCUCUAAAAAAGGUGAAGAUGGAGAAGGAAAAAGGAGGCUUUCCCAUGACCUCGCUACGGGAAAUCAAUGUCUUGUUAUCGUUUCAUCAUCCGUCGGUUGUUGACGUCAAGGAAGUUGUUGUUGGCAACAUGCUUGACAAUAUUUUCAUGGUUAUGGAGUAUAUGGAACACGAUCUUAAGGGUCUCAUGGAAUCCAUGAAACAACCUUUCAGUCAAAGUGAGGUUAAGUGCCUCAUGCUACAACUGUUUGAUGGUUGUAAGUAUCUACACGAUAAUUGGGUCUUACACAGGGAUUUGAAAACGUCGAACCUUCUCUUGAACAACCGUGGAGAACUUAAGAUUUGCGACUUCGGUCUAGCGCGUCAAUAUGGAGAUCCUUUGAAGGAGUAUACACAUGAAGUUGUCACUCUCUGGUACAGAGCACCGGAGCUACUCCUUGGAGCCAGAAAGUAUUCGACAGCAAUCGAUAUGUGGUCAUUGGGUUGUAUAAUGGCAGAAUUUCUUGCAAAGGAGCCCCUAUUUCCAGGAAAAUCUCCAAUUGAUGAGAUUGAUAAAAUUUUUAAGACUUUGGGAACCCCAAACGAGAAGAUCUGGCCUGAUUUUGUGAAGUUACCUGGUGUUCGUUGUAAUUUUACCAAGCAGCCGUUUAAUAGAUUGAGGGAAAAAUUUCCAGCAACAGCUUUCGCUGGAAGGCCAACCCUGUCUGAGAAAGGUUUUGAUUUGUUGAAUCGGCUGCUAACUUAUGAUCCUUCCAAGCGCAUAACAGCCGAUGAGGCGCUCAGCCAUCCAUGGUUUCGGGAAGUUCCAUUGCCAAAAGCCAAAGAGUUUAUGCCAACAUUCCCAGCCCGAAGUGAGCACGAUCGACGGAUACGGCGACUUAUGAAGAGCCCUGACCCUUUGGAGGAACAAAGGAAACGGGAGUUGAAGAGAGCGGAGCUUGGAGGUGGGGGUUUAUUUGGUUAGAUUCUUUAGGGCUUAUGAUCAGGUGGUGCCACCAGUCAGCAGCAAUCAAAUGUUAAGCCAAUUGACUUUUUCCCACUUUUUUCUAUUAACGACUUGUUUUUAUCUGGCUUGUGAAUCGUUGUCUGCACGAAUGACAAACCCCGCUAUUAUCUUUGUGUGGUUGCUGUCAUCCCAUGAGGUACGAACCUUUCAGUGUAUGUGCAGUAAUACAUUAUCGUCUAAUUUCAAUCUGGGAAACCUUCUUUAGUCUGAUUCACACAAGUCUUAAAGUACUGAUUGUUGUGUAAUAUUGUGGCGGAACUUGCUGCUGAAACUAGCAAUGUCAGGGCGAUCGUCCAUAAACCACCAUCAACGGUAUUCUUGAGGUUUCACGGAUAUCCUCAGUUGAUUUCAUUGAUGACAUCUCAGCGCUGCACGUAAAUAGUCACGGUACUUACUACUGCUUGUGAAUUCUUUUGAGUAGCUGUUGAAUGUCUUGUGUGCUACUGUAUGCCAAUGCUAAACGAGUGAGGAGAUGGUAGGAUGGGUAGUUGUAAGUUACGAUUUUGUCUUCCUCCGUUUAGCAUCAUGGCUGACGAUUGUGUAUCCCUAGCGAACAGAAAUUUCAUGUGGAAAGUCGUCAUUGUGUUUGCUGCGCUUCUGUGUCGAGUAUCAAGCGGAGCAUAGAGACAAUAUCAACUAUUCAAAGAAGCAAGUAUUAAAUUGUCUCUUUUCAAGAACGAAAACUGUAAUAUACUGCAGUGAAGAUCGUUAAGAGGAUAUCAUUCAAUUGCUGUUGUAUUUACCUGCUUUUAAAUCACUGCAAUUAACCCGAUUACCUCGUGCAACCAAGGAUCUUUCUUAUUGAUGAAUAGGAGGAUGCCAAUGAUAAGUUACUGCAGGAAGUCGCUGUGAAAGUAAUAAGGCUAGGAAGGCGUGAUAAUGUUUUGCAAGCUCCAUGGGAACAAAGGCCGUCGAAUUCUGGUGAAGUUGAUGGUCUCAGUUGGUGAAUUUCAGUGUAGUUGGAACAUGUAUUUGGGGUUGUCCCAUUCAAAACUUCUGGAACACGAUUUAACGCCUCAUUUGAGUUCA